GUGUGAUGUAUGUAGGUUAGUUUAUAAUAAAUGGUGGGGGGUAGUCUAAGUAGCUUGGUUGUGAGAUGUCAUUUUAUAAACCAGUCCGGAAUAAAUGCUUGUUACGUACGCCCGCGUUUCAGUUAGCUCCGCGACACCGUUAUCCCUCAGGACUAUCGACCGCUAUAUCACAUUGGCGAACGAGGAUUAGUACCAAUAUUUACGCGUGCAGGUUAGACAUCGCAAUUAUGUCGAUUGGUAAAGUGCGGGAGUUCGACGUGAAGAACGGGGCGUGGUCGUCCUACGUGGACAGGCUCGAGAUGUACUUUACAGUGAACAGUGUGAAAAAUGAACUCAAAGUGCCUACUUUAAUUGCGGUAAUGGGUGACGAAGCUUACGAACUAUUAUCGAAUCUAGCCAGCCCUAAGAAACCAGCGGAACUAAGCUACGAGUGUGCGGUCAGAUUAUUACGUAAUCACCUCCAACCGACCCCGUCGGCACUGGCAGAGCGGUUCAGAUUUCGGCAGAGAAGGCAAGCGGCGGACGAGAAUGUGGCAAGCUACGUGGCGGAAUUAAAAAAGUUGACACGCUAUUGUAAGCUGGGGGACGGAUUAAACGAAAACCUUCGGGAUCAAUUCGUGUGCGGCUUGAGGAGUGAUCUCAUCCGGCAGAGGUUAUUUGCAGAGGAUGACACGCUCACGUUUACUAACGCGGUGAAGUUAGCCAGCUCAUUAGAAGCCGCGGAACGCGACGCAGCUGCGGUUGACGCGACAGGAGCCGCAAGCCGGGAGCUAUCGGCGGAUGUGCAUGCUCUGGCGGUCAGCAGCGGCAAGCAGCGGCGGGAGCCACGGGCGGCGGGCCGAGCCGGGCGCGGUACACAUGGAGGAGCGGGAGCGCAGCGGGCGGAGGUCGCCGGAGCGAACCUUAGCGGCAACAAGAUUGCGAGGAGUGGCAGUCGGGAUACACACAGUGGACAAUGUUAUAGCUGUGGGGGAGUGGGCCAUUAUCGGGAAGAGUGUCGAUUUAACCAAUACACCUGUAGCAAGUGCAAGCGGGUGGGGCACCUCAGGCGUGUGUGCCCGGACCAGAGGCAGGGGCGAAGAGCAGCUGUACACUAUGCCGCAGGAGAGGAGGAGCCAGAGGACGAGAAUCUGGACAGUUGCGGGGAGGAUUUUCACCACUUAUGCCUGAACGAUUAUAAGGCGAUAUAAGGAAUUAUUCAGCGGAGGUUUGGGCACAUACACGGGGGGCAAGGCGACUCUGAGGGUUCGGGAGAGCGCGGUACCGGUGUUCCACCGCGCGCGGCCGCUGCCGUACGCGCUGCGCGACCGCGUCGA